UCCAGGCUCCUUGGGACUGAACACAUCCUUCUGGGAUUGUCUCAGAGGGAACAGCUGUGCCGGCACCAUGGAGGUGGUGCUGAUCUUUCUAUGCAGCCUGCUGGCCCUCAUUGUCCUGGCCAGUGCAGCUGAGAAGGAGAAGGAAAUUGAUUCUUUUUAUUAUGACUACCAGACCCUGAGGAUUGGGGACUGGUAUGUGCUGUGGUCCUAUUCUGUUUGGACCCUCCUUAUCCUAGGUUGCAGGUGCAAGUGCAGUUUCAAUCAGAAGCCCAGGACCUCAGGAGAGGAGGAAGCCCUGGCAGAGAACCUCAUCACUGCAAAUGCAACAGAGCUCUAGAAAGUAGAGAACUAAAUGAAGUGCAGCCCUCCAGCUGCUUGAGAUUCUAGAUGCAAAUAUUGAUGCUUAAGAAAACAGCUACUUCAGCAACAAAUCUUUC